AUGUAUGACAUGUUGUCGGAAUUUAAAGUGUCCGAAUUCGAUUCAUUCGUGGAUAUAUUAAAGUUGACUUCAGGUGAUCCCCUUGAUACUUUUGGUGAAAUGUGGUACCCAGUGUUUUUGUGGUCAUUGUGCUCGUCAGUGUUUGUACAUACUUGUGCAGGAUUAGUAGCUUUUGGUACUUUACGGAAGCAUAAAUACGGAAAAUUCUUUCCGGUGUUAUUGAUAGUUAUGGGAGUAGUGACUCCGGUGACAUCGGGAGUAGCGAGCAGUGCUGCUAUAGCGUUUAUAUAUCGUGCAGCUAAACUGGACAUGCCUCCGAUACACGCUAUGAUAUGGGGUAUUGGACAAACAGUUUUAGGAGCUGGUAUAGGAUUCACAAGAAUAUUAGCAACAUUAUAA